CUUUCCGAAAAACCGGAGCGUGCAGACUUUUCGCAGAGCUCUUCACGGGGAGCUUUUUGAAGGAGAGACCCCACUGAGCAUGCGCACUCAGGGCUUCCGGGGGCGGGGCCUCAGUGCAAGUGACAAACAAACACCAAAACAACUAUUUGUACUUAGCAUGGUAAACAUUAAAAUUAUUAGAUUUCCAAUUCUAGCAUUUUUUAAAAUUAAAAUCAAUUACAUAUUUUAUAUGACAGCUCAUUACUGCAACACUAAAAAUACUAAAUUUAAAAUGCAGUCUCAAAAUUAUAGCAUCUCAUAAUUAUGACUACGUCUCUUAAAAUUACGACUUAUAAUCUCAAAAUUAUGACUUAGUAUCUCAUAAUUAUGGUAUAAAAUCUAAUGGUUAUAAUAUGCUAUAAUUUUGAUCUAGUAUCCUACAAGUAGGACUGGGUCAUAAUUGAUGCUARGUAAUAAUGAGGUAUUAACAGGACAGAUAAUGUUUUUAUUUUCUCUUAACCAAGAUUGGCAGGCAGUAAGAAGUGGAAACAGUUUAAGCUUUAGUUUURCUGGGAGGUGGGAGUGGAUGGGAUGAAAAUAAGGUCUUUGCAGUGCUUGAAAGGCWAACCCGCUCGUGAGAGCACUGCGCAUGCUCUGUAGCCAUGGUGACCAAUCCUACAACAAGCCUUGAUGCUUGGGCGUCAUCAGCGUGUGAUGUGUGAGGGACCUUCUGCAAUUUCCGGGCCAAUUCCCCCCGAUCCUUCUCUGUUUCCUCAAUACUACAAACGACCAUCUUCAGCUCGUGGUCGUUUAGAGGGAAACCGUGAUGGGACUUUGGCCCUCGUCUUGGGUCCACUUGCUCCAGAUCCUGUGUUGUAUCCGGACUGCUACAGUGCUCACGAACCGCAUCGCCCCCGCAUCAGCGCUAAUGCCACUCAUAUUUUAGAACGGGGAYGGAAAGGGAUUGUGGGAGAGCUGCUGAAACUGGAUGGUGUCUCUGUGACUCCCGUUCCCAAACAGAAGCAAACAGUGCAAGAUUUCAGCAAAGAAAAUAUACGUCGCCUCAGGGAAAUUCAGAGAYGCUGUAAAGAGCAGGAAGCUCAAAGGGUCCAGAACCGUCCUGUUCCAGUUAAAGCUUUAUGGACUUCCUCAAAAUACCAAAACACCCCAUCCAGGGUUGUGGCCCAGCUAGAGGUUUCUAGUCCAACUGUUAGGCCACAGUGUCAAAAUUUUCUAAAGGCRCACUCUAAUGGUGGUUCUGCUGCACCUUCAAGACCUUCACCUGCAACUGCACAGCGUCCAGCGUCCUGCAGGUCUACACCAGACCAGGACUUGAUGGUGCAAGGUCAGAAAAUAGACUUCAUACGACAUAAUGCCAGGAGUGCAGGACAAACUGUUCUUCGCCGGUCCCGGUCACUGACAAACCUCAGAGACAAGCCGGUGCCCAGUGCAGUCAAGGGUCAAGUUCCUCAGUA